AUGAAUAAUGCAGACCACUGGUUUCGAUGAUGCUGGGCUUUUAUAACUGGAUUCAUUAAGGAAUACAAAGAAAAUUCUUACAGGGAUCAAUAAUGGUGUCUUCUGGCUGCAGAAUGCAAAGUUUUUGGUUCCUGCUCAUUAUCAGCUUCCUGCAGUGUACUGAAGGUUUCAGCCGAGCAGCGCUACCAUUUGGUUUGGUGAGGAGGGAACUCUCCUGCGAAGGCUACUCCAUUGACCUCCGGUGUCCAGGAAGCGAUGUUAUUAUGAUAGAAAGUGCUAACUAUGGACGGACCGAUGACAAGAUUUGUGAUGCUGACCCUUUCCAGAUGGAGAACACAGAAUGCUUCCUUCCAGACGCCUACAAAAUUAUGACACAAAGGUGCAACAACCGAACACAGUGUAUAGUAGUUACUGGGUCAGAUGUGUUUCCUGAUCCUUGUCCUGGAACAUACAAAUACCUAGAAGUUCAGUAUGAAUGUGUUCCUUACAUUUUUGUUUGCCCGGGGACGUUGAAAGCAAUUGUGGACUCACCGUAUUUAUAUGAAGCUGAACAAAAAGCAGGUGCUUGGUGCAAAGAUCCUCUCCAGGCUGCAGAUAAAAUAUACUUCAUGCCAUGGACUCCAUAUCGCACCGAUACUUUGAUAGAAUAUGCUUCUUUAGAGGACUUCCAAAACGGACGCCAGCAGACGACGUAUAAACUCCCCAAUCGAGUGGAUGGUACUGGAUUUGUAGUGUAUGAUGGCGCUGUCUUUUUUAACAAGGAAAGAACUAGGAACAUAGUAAAAUUCGACUUGAGGACUAGAAUUAAGAGUGGAGAGGCCAUAAUCAAUUAUGCUAAUUACCAUGACACCUCCCCAUACCGAUGGGGAGGAAAGACUGAUAUUGACUUGGCAGUUGAUGAAAAUGGCUUAUGGGUAAUUUAUGCUACGGAGCAAAACAACGGGAUGAUAGUAAUUAGCCAGCUGAACCCCUACACCCUACGUUUCGAAGCCACCUGGGAAACGACGUAUGACAAACGGGCAGCAUCCAAUGCUUUCAUGAUAUGUGGCGUCCUGUACGUGGUGCGGUCGGUGUAUCAGGACAAUGAGAGCGAGACGGGCAAGAACGCCAUCGAUUACAUCUACAACACCAGGUUAAGCAGAGGCGAGCACGUGGACGUUCCUUUCCCCAACCAGUACCAGUACAUCGCCGCAGUGGAUUACAACCCCAGAGACAACCAACUGUACGUGUGGAAUAACAACUUCAUUCUGAGAUACUCUUUGGAGUUUGGCCCACCUGAUCCUGCCCAAGUGCCUACCACAGCAGUGACGAUAACUUCUUCAGCAGAGCUAUACAAAACCACAGUGUCAACCACUAGCACUACACCACAGAAAGGCCCCAUAAGCACAACGUUAGCUGGAGGAACGAAAGAAGGAAGCAGAGGACCCAAGCCACCGCCACCCGUUUCCACCACCAAAAUUCCUCCUGUGACAAGUUUUUUCCCUUUGCCAGAGAGAUUCUGUGAACCGACUGAGGCCAGGGGGAUUAGCUGGCCUCAGACACAAAGGGGAAUGAUGGUUGAGCGCCCUUGCCCCAAAGGAACACGAGGAACUGCCUCGUAUCUCUGCGUGGUCUUAACGGGAAUGUGGAACCCCAAAGGCCCUGAUCUUAGCAACUGCACCUCACACUGGGUAAAUCAGCUGGCUCAGAAGAUCAGAAGUGGAGAAAAUGCUGCUAGUCUGGCCAACGAACUGGCUAAACACACCAAAGGACCGGUCUUUGCUGGCGAUGUUAGUUCAUCAGUGAGGCUGAUGGAGCAGCUCGUGGACAUUCUGGAUGCUCAGCUGCAGGAAUUGCGGCCCAGUGAAAAAGACUCUGCUGGAAGGAGUUAUAACAAGCUCCAAAAACGAGAGAAGACAUGCAGGGCUUACCUUAAGGCAAUUGUGGAUACAGUGGACAACCUGCUCAGGCCUGAAGCUCUGGAGUCCUGGAAGGACAUGAAUUCUUCAGAACAAGCCCAUGCAGCCACAAUGCUACUCGAUACAUUAGAAGAAGGGGCUUUUGUCUUGGCUGAUAAUCUUCUAGAACCAACCAGAGUCUCAAUGCCCACGGAAAAUAUCGUUUUGGACGUUGCAGUGCUCAUUACUGAGGGCCAGGUGCAGGACUUGAAAUUUCCUCAGGGCAGUAAAGGAGGCAACUCGAUUCAGCUCUCUGCAAGCACCGUGAAACAGAACAGCAGGAACGGAUUAGCCAAACUGGUUUUCAUCAUUUACAAAAGUUUGGGGCGUUUUCUCAGUACUGAAAACGCCACCAUAAAGCUAGGCAGCGACUUUGCUGGGCGGAAUAGCACGAUCGCAGUCAACUCCCACGUCAUUGCAGCCUCUAUCAACAAGGAGUCUAGCCGGGUGUACCUGACUGAUCCUGUGCAUUUUACGCUGGAACACAUUGAUCCUGACAAUUAUUUCAAUGCAAAUUGUUCCUUCUGGAACUACUCAGAGAGGACUAUGAUGGGAUACUGGUCAACUCAAGGCUGCAAACUGGUUGACACAAACAAAACUCACACAACGUGUGCUUGCAGUCACCUAACCAACUUUGCAAUUCUCAUGGCUCAUCGGGAAAUUGUGUACAAAGAUGGAGUGCACGAAUUGCUCCUCACUGUCAUCACCUGGGUGGGAAUUGUCAUCUCUCUUGUUUGCCUGGCCAUCUGCAUCUUCACAUUCUGUUUUUUCCGUGGCCUGCAAAGUGAUCGUAACACUAUUCACAAGAACCUUUGUAUCAACCUAUUCAUUGCUGAGUUCAUUUUCCUAAUAGGCAUCGAUAAGACGGAGUACAAGAUUGCAUGCCCAAUAUUCGCAGGUCUCUUACACUUUUUCUUCCUGGCAGCCUUUGCCUGGAUGUGUCUAGAAGGAGUGCAGCUUUAUCUAAUGUUAGUAGAAGUAUUUGAAAGUGAAUAUUCUAGGAAGAAGUACUAUUAUGUUGCUGGCUACCUCUUCCCUGCUACAGUAGUUGGUGUCUCAGCAGCUAUUGACUAUAAGAGCUACGGAACAGAGAAAGCUUGCUGGCUCCAUGUAGAUAACUAUUUUAUCUGGAGUUUCAUUGGACCUGUUACCUUCAUUAUUCUGCUGAAUCUUAUCUUCCUGGUGAUCACAUUGUGCAAAAUGGUGAAGCACUCAAACACUUUGAAACCAGACUCUAGCAGGUUGGAAAACAUUAAAUCCUGGGUCCUGGGUGCAUUUGCUCUCCUGUGUCUCCUUGGCCUAACAUGGUCAUUUGGCCUGCUGUUUAUCAAUGAGGGGACUGUGGUGAUGACGUAUCUCUUCACAGUAUUUAAUGCUUUCCAAGGAAUGUUUAUUUUCAUCUUUCAUUGUGCCCUUCAAAAGAAAGUACGUAAGGAAUAUGGCAAAUGCUUCCGACAUUCCUACUGCUGUGGUGGACUACCAACUGAGAGUCCCCACAGUUCAGUGAAGGCAUCAACAACAAGAACUAGUGCUCGCUAUUCCUCUGGCACUCAGAGUCGUAUAAGGAGGAUGUGGAAUGACACUGUGAGAAAACAAUCUGAAUCGUCUUUUAUCUCAGGUGACAUCAACAGCACUUCAACACUUAAUCAAGGACAUUCACUGAACAAUGCCAGGGAUACAAGUGCCAUGGAUACUCUACCGCUAAAUGGUAAUUUCAACAACAGCUACUCAUUGCGCAAUGGAGACUAUAACGACAGUGUGCAAGUUGUAGACUGUGGACUAAGCCUGAAUGAUACUGCUUUUGAGAAAAUGAUCAUUUCAGAAUUAGUGCACAACAACCUGCGGGGCAGCAGCAAGAACCACAACCUGGAGCGCACGCUACCAGCCAAAGCUGUGAUCGGCGGGAGCAGUAGCGAAGAUGACGCCAUCGUGGCAGAUGCCUCAUCUUUGAUGCACAGUGACACCCCCGGGCUGGAGCUCCACCACAAAGAGCUUGAGGCCCCACUCAUUCCUCAGCGGACUCACUCCCUUCUGUACCAGCCCCAGAAGAAAGUGAAGACCGAGGGAACCGACAGCUACGUCUCACAGCUGACAGCCGAGGCUGACGAUCACCUCCAGUCCCCCAACAGAGACUCUCUUUACACAAGCAUGCCCAAUCUCAGAGACUCUCCGUAUCCAGAGAGCAGCCCCGACGUUGAAGAAGAUCUCUCUCCCUCCAGGAGGAGUGAAAAUGAGGACAUUUACUACAAGAGCAUGCCAAACCUAGGAGCUGGCCAUCAGCUUCAGAUGUACUAUCAAAUCAGCAGGGGUAAUAGCGACGGCUAUAUAAUUCCCAUUAACAAGGAAGGAUGUAUUCCGGAAGGGGAUGUUAGAGAAGGACAAAUGCAACUAGUGACAAGCCUUUAAUAGUGUAGCAAAGAAAUAUUAAAGGCCACGUACAAGUAUUAAAAAGACUUAAUUGGCCCCAUGCAGGCUCCCUCAUAUCUGCUUGAAGAGACAAUUCUGUUGACCCUGUGGUUCUCCAGUAACGGGGAUGACUGGACCUCGCAGUUCUGUGAAUUUUUAUAAAACAAAAACUUUGUAUAUACACAGAGUAUACUAAAAUGAAUUAUUUGUUACAAAGAAAAGAAAUACCAACAAGGUAUUUUAAGAUAUCUUCUGCUGCUGAAUUUAACAAAAUUGUGAAAAACAGAGAAAUAAACACUUCCCAGCCAUUUUACUGCAGCAGUUUGUGAACUAAAUUUGUAAAUAUGGCUGCACCAUUUUUUUUUUCUAGGCCUACAUUGUAUUAUAUACAAGGCGUAGGCUCUAAAAUCCUGUGGGACAAAUUUACUGUACCUUACUAUUCCUGACAAGACUUGCAAAAGCAGGAGAGAUAUUCUGCAUCAGUUUGCAGUUCACUGCAAAUCUUUUCCAUUAGGGCAAAGAUUGAAUACAUGUCUAACCACUAGCAAUCAAGCCACAGGCCUUAUUUCAUAUAUUUCCUCAACUGUACAAUGAA